CACUGUUUCUCGCAGCCUAACUGUUGCGGAGGAUGGGCAAUCGAUGCGCUACUCAGUGUGGUAGUCACUCUAGACCGCGCACAGUGACAAGUGGUGUUAGUAGCAGCACUCAAGGUUUCACCAGGAUGACAUGGAACGCCCACCUACCGUGGUACCAGCGAGUAGUUAUCUGGGUGCUGCGUCAGGGUGUGAUUCCACGUCACGCUGCUAUAGCACCAGAUGGAAAUCGACGCUAUGCCAAGAGCACUGGCAUAGCACUGGGCUCUGCUUACGAUAUCAUGCUUCAAAAGAUAACGCUGUUCUCUCAAUGCAUGGUGGCUGCCGGAGUCGAGGACAUCUCGUAUGGCAUUUUUAGCAUUCGUAACUUCCUCCGCGACACCUCGGAGAUCGACGCCGUCUUUUCUGGGUUGGUCCAGUUCUGCAAAGCAACGCUCUGCAGCUUAGACUCGCUCCAGCGGAUGAAACUGCGUGUUAGCGUCGUGGGUGACGUUGGCCUUCUUCCUAGAGAGCUGCAAUCUAAUAUGGCGCAGGUGGAAAUCGCCACUUCUAACGGAAGCCGAAAACACGCAUGUCACUUAUGCACAGCUUACACCAGCAAAUUCGCCAUGAGCAGUGCGAUGCUACAUACAGCAAAUGCUGUGAGAGCAGGCGUCAUCAAAUCUGAUGACGUCACAGCGGAACUCAUCUGGGAUUUGUUUGCGCUAACCGAGGCUUCCGAGACGGAUCUGUGGUAUCGAAGCUCCGGCAAGCAAUGCUUAACAGAACUCAUGGUCCUGCAGAGUGGAUACUCUUACAUGCACAUAGAACCACAACUAUGGCCUGCAACAGGAUUCUGGGAGUUUGUUUUGACAAUACUGAAAUUCCAGCUUCACUGGCCUUACAUUAAGGCUGUCAAGGAGAGACACCGAAAAAUGGCUGACUCAUCCACCGAUAUGGAUCCCGCGAUAGCGGUUCGCCAACGCAUGUUUCUAAGCAACAUAAAGGCAUGGAGAAUGACGUACAUUGCUAAAUUCGGCUCCAGAAAUGUGCUUGAAGAGAAUGCCUGCUUUCCGAAUAACCACCUGUGAAAUGUUUCCACCAAACACUUGUGCGUGAACGGCAGUCCUCUGAAUGCAAAGAAUGAAGUUCAAUCUUUCAAGGCCAAUAUGUGUAGCGUCUCUUCAACUUACUUACGCAUGCGCCCUUUCUUUUUAGGCAGCCGAAGUAAUCAAAGUAGAUAUGUUUCCCUGUUACGAGGAACGAUGCCGAGUACGAAAAAAUAAAAUAUAUUCAACAAGAACUAAUGACUAGGAGGAUCAUCAAUUGAUAGGUGUAGGGGCUAUAAUAGUGGCCGCUCGAAGAAAAUUUCUCAUUCCCUUACGCUUUGUGGCUGCCGUGUAACCCGGAUACAUAAUUUUAAAUGUGCGGUAGCGCACAGUGGUGAGAUAAUCCCUUAGGUAAUAGUUAUUCCCUUUUUCAAUCAGAUCAUUUAAAUGGCUCUAAAUUACAUGGUUCUUCGGAACAGAGCUUUUACAAUUUCAAAGUGAAUGUUUAUUGGCGCAUGCUGUUAACGCAGUGUUCAUCAAGCCUGGUGCCGCCAUCUUUAUAUUGUGCAAAAAAUAAUUGCUUUCGCAGGCUCUACAUGUCCCAGCUCCACCUCGCUGUUUUUACAACUUGAUCUAAAAAAAACAUUUUCGCAGUUUUGUCAUUCUUUUUCUCCGUACAAGGAGAAACUGAUGCCUGAAGAGGGCUUUCUGCUGCUUCUAUUCUCGACAUUGACAGGCAUACGACAAAUAAAUUUAGAAGUUCAAUA